AUGACUGUAAGUAAGAUGGAGAUUCAAUUAAGUUAGGAAAGUGGAUUGAAUUGAUAUAUGGAGUUCAUAAUGAUUCGUAGAUCACUUAUGUUGGCGAAUAUUAAAAUGGUAAAAAAGUUGGUAGAUGGGAUAUAUGGUAUCAGGAGAAUUAUGAUGAUAAAGAGAAUUUAUAAAUGUAAAGAUUUAAAAAAAUAAAUUUUAGUGGUGGUGGAGUAUAUGAACAUCAAGAGGACGGAGAUUCAAUUAAAAUUGGAAGGUGGAUUGAAUUGAAUGAUGGAUUUUAUUAUAAUUCAUAAGUUACUCAGGUUGGUGAAUAUUAAAAUGGUAAAAAAGUUGGUAAUUGGGAUAUAAUGUAUAGGGGAUAAUCGAUGUAAAAUUAUAGAUAUUAAAUUUAAGCGGUGGUGGGUCUUAUCAAUACUAAUAAUAAGGAAAUUCAAUUAAAAUAGGGAGUUGGAUUGAAUUGAGCACUGGAUUUAAUGAUAAUUCGUAAGUCACUUAUGUUGGUUAAUAUUCAAAUGGUUCAAAAUUUGGUAAAUGGGAAAUUUACUAUAAGUUUUAUCUUUUCGAAUGGACAAACUAAAAGAUGUAAAUAUUAAAUAUAUCUCAGCGGUGGAGGAUUAUAUGAGGAAAAUUUGGAAGGGGACUCUGUCAAGGUUGGUUAAUGGAUUGAAUAAAGUGAAGUUUUCAUUUG